UGCAGUCCAAGGUUCCGCGUUGAUUUGUUUGUUUUGAAAUUCGGUAAAAAUUGUUUGAAAAUGUCUCUUGAAUUGCUAAAAUUGAGUAUGGAUAUAGUGGAAGAUGGUUUGACAACUACUUCCAAUAAAAAUGUUAAACAAAAGGGUCAAAAGCACCAUGCGGGAUCAGAAGUUCAAGGAUACAGCAAAUUGGCUUUGAAAAAAAAGAAAAGCAUUGUCAAUAACUCAAAUGUUAAUACGAAACCACUUAAACAGAACGUUCAAGAAAUUAGAAAAGAACUCGAACUCAAUAAUAAUAAAACUGAUGAGAACAUUAAACGUCUGUUGGCAUUGUCGAAAAACCAAGUCGACAAAGACGUUGCAAAUAAGAUAAUGAAGAACGUACACAAACGUCAUGUGGAAGAAGUGCCAAAGGAAGAAGAACCACAAGAUUCCAUAUUUACGGAAGAAGAAUUUUCAGAUUUUGCGAGAAUUUAUGAACAUUUAAGAUACAAGCAACUUUAACCCAAGGUGCCACACUCAUAUAGUUUAUUUAUAAAGUACAAAUUGUUAUGUUCAUAUUAAAAAUAUUUAUUG